UGGAGAAGGGCGGGAGAAAGGGAGCCUGGGAGCGAAGUUGAAGCUAAACCGGGUAAGCUAUAAAGAAGUUACAGGGGGGCGCUUUUGGCUCCCAAUUAGGAACAGUACCGGCUCCUAAGCACGACGGAGGAGGAGGACUCGGAAAGCACCUCGCCCGUCCCGAGCCCGUGUCCUCCUCCUCCUGCUACCCCCCCUCCCCCAUUCAUGUCCCCGGGAAGGCUGCUCAGGCGCACUCUGCGGGCUGCGGGUGACAGCAGGGAGGUUGGAGCCGAGACUCAGCCGCCGCGCAGGCAUGAGCGCAGUUAGGGGGCGGGAGCCUCGGGAGCCUCCGCGGCGCGCAAGGACGUAGGUGAUCUGAAAGAAGUUAGUUACCUGGGAUUCCUGUUCUCCACAAAACGCCUCCGAACUGUCUCCAGCGCCAAAGGGAACGAAAAGCAAACGUCGGAUAUUAUUAUGUCGAUUUUCCAAGGACAGGGGUUCUCACCACAGAACCAAUGAAAAGGCUGCCUCUUCAGGAGUCCUGCCAGCAUUUUCUACAUAGAGCUCCGUAGGAUUGCCGGGAUUUGCUGUGGACCAGCAACUUUCUUAUACUUACAUCUCACGACUUCAAGAAGGUAUUUUGUUUGCUGCACUGUCCAGUUCCUGCCAUCAUUCCGGUCUCCCUGAGCAGAGUUUAGCCUCUUCAUCCAAGUUAUGUGAGUGUGAUUGCUAAUUGAAAGAUAACUUUUGGUUUUGGAUGAGUCUGUGGAGUUUACGUUGUAAGAAGAAAGGGAGCCCGAGACACGAUGAAAGAAAAGUCUAAAAAUGCUGCCCGGACGAGGAGGGAGAAAGAAAACAGUGAAUUUUAUGAACUGGCUAAAUUACUGCCUUUACCCUCAGCCAUCACCUCGCAGCUGGACAAAGCAUCCAUAAUCAGACUCACGACCAGCUAUCUCAAAAUGAGAGUGGUUUUCCCAGAAGGGCUUGGCGAGGCGUGGGGCCACACCAGUCGAACCAGCCCCUUGGACAACGUUGGUCGAGAACUCGGCUCUCAUCUACUCCAGACUCUGGAUGGCUUCAUCUUCGUGGUGGCCCCAGAUGGAAAGAUCAUGUACAUUUCAGAGACAGCUUCGGUUCACCUGGGCCUUUCUCAGGUGGAGCUGACUGGGAACAGCAUCUAUGAAUACAUCCACCCGGCUGACCACGAUGAGAUGACAGCGGUGCUCACUGCCCACCAGCCCUACCACUCGCACUUUGUACAGGAAUAUGAGAUCGAACGUUCCUUCUUUCUGAGGAUGAAGUGUGUUUUGGCCAAGCGGAAUGCUGGCCUCACCUGCGGUGGCUACAAGGUCAUUCACUGUAGCGGCUACCUGAAGAUCCGCCAGUACAGCCUGGAUAUGUCGCCCUUCGACGGGUGUUACCAGAAUGUGGGCUUGGUGGCCGUGGGUCACUCCCUGCCUCCGAGCGCUGUCACAGAAAUCAAACUGCACAGCAACAUGUUCAUGUUCCGAGCCAGUCUGGACAUGAAGCUUAUUUUCCUGGACUCCAGGGUGGCGGAGCUGACUGGGUAUGAACCUCAGGACUUGAUUGAGAAGACCCUGUACCAUCACGUGCAUGGCUGCGACACCUUCCACCUACGCUGCGCACAUCACUUACUGUUGGUGAAGGGGCAGGUGACCACCAAGUACUACAGGUUCUUGGCGAAGCACGGCGGCUGGGUCUGGGUACAGAGUUAUGCCACCAUCGUUCACAACAGCCGCUCCUCGAGGCCGCACUGCAUCGUCAGCGUCAACUAUGUCCUCACGGACACAGAAUACAAAGGGCUGCAGCUCUCUCUGGACCAGAUCUCAGCCUCUAAGCCCACCUUCUCCUAUACCAGCAGCUCCACACCCACCAUCACUGACAACAGGAAGGGGGCUAAGUCUCGGCUCUCGGGCGCCAAGUCAAAAUCCAGGACCUCCCCAUAUCCCCAGUAUUCGGGAUUCCACACUGAAAGAUCGGAGUCUGACCAUGACAGCCAGUGGGGUGGAAGUCCCCUGACUGAUACUGCCUCCCCACAGCUCCUGGACCCAGAGAGGCCUGUUUCUCAGCACGAAGUGUCAUGUGCUUACAGGCAGUUCCCAGAUCGCAGCUCUCUCUGCUAUGGCUUUGCCCUGGACCACUCCAGGCUGGUGGAGGACAGGCACUUCCACACUCAAGCCUGUGAGGGGGGCCGCUGCGAGGCAGGCAGGUACUUCUUAGGAGCACCACCAACUGGGAGAGAUCCCUGGUGGGGCUCUCGAGCAGCCUUGCCGCUUACCAAGGUUUCCCCGGAGAGCAGAGAAACCUAUGAGAACAGCAUGCCGCACAUCACCUCUGUCCACAGAAUCCAUGGUCGAGGUCACUGGGAUGAAGAUAGCGUGGUCAGCUCUCCAGACCCUGGGUCAGCCAGUGAAUCAGGUGACCGAUACCGCACCGAACAGUAUCAAAACAGCCCACAUGAACCUAGCAAAAUUGAAACUCUUAUAAGAGCCACGCAGCAGAUGAUUAAAGAGGAGGAGAAUAGAUUACAGCUAAGGAAAGCUCCUCCAGACCAACUGGCGUCCAUUAAUGGAGCUGGGAAAAAACACUCCAUCUGUUUUGCAAACUAUCAACAGGCCCCACCAGCAGGGGAAGUCUGCCACAGCUCUGCUCUUGCCAGCACUUCACCAUGUGACCAUGUCCAGCAGAGAGAGGGAAAGAUGCUCAGCCCUCAUGACAAUGACUAUGACAACAGCCCCACUGCACUGUCUCGGAUAAGUAGUCCCAGUUCUGAUCGCAUUACAAAGUCCAGUUUGAUCUUGGCUAAAGACUACCUACAUUCAGAUGUGUCUCCUCAUCAGACAACAGGAGAGCAUCCUGCCAUUUCUCCAAACUGCUUUGGCUCCCACCGGCAGUAUUUUGAUAAGCAUGCCUAUACAUUAACUGGAUAUGCCCUGGAGCAUUUAUAUGACAGUGAAACUAUUAGAAACUAUUCCUUGGGCUGCAAUGGCUCACACUUUGAUGUAACUUCCCACCUGAGGAUGCAACCAGACCCAGCACAAGGACACAAGGGGACAUCUGUUAUAAUAACCAAUGGAAGCUGAUGUUUUUCUAAGAUAUUUUGUUUUUUCAAGGGUCUCUGAAACACAUUUAUAGUUUAAUACCCCAUUAGCAGCAUUUACUAUUCCACGGAUUGUUAGAAAGUCUAAAUUAAAGUUUCUGGCUAUUUGACAUGAGUUCCUGUGGGGGGGGGGAAUACAAAACAAAAACAGUACCAACAUUCAGGGUUAUACACAGAUAAUUAAGCUAAAAUGAAUGUAGAAAUUGCCCACAUAUUAUAGCAGAACCAUAAUAGAUAUAUUUGAAUUGAGAAAUACUAAUGCAAAUUAAGCAUAUAUGCCACUUGGAAGGGCUGAUGAAUGAAAACAUUGUGUCGUGACAAUCUAAUAGAAUUCAUACACAUAGACCUUAUGCUACUUACAAACUGCUAUGUACACUUCACAUGCAUAAAUACACAAAAUGGGUACUUUUCCUUACCUGUCACAUAAAGCUUCUUAAGGAAACACCAGUUCUCAAAAUAAGUAAAGAAGAGAAGGGUAUGUCUUGUAAACUUGUUUCUUCUUCUUCAUGGUUUUAAACUACUCCACCCAUUUGGUUCAUUAGAGAAAUGGUGCUGGUUACAGUACACAAGUGUGUUUUCACCUGGUGUCCAUUACAAGCAGUCAGGAAGCAGUAAUUUUCCACCUUACUUUUGAGUUAGACAUGGACCAGGAUUGGAUUGACACAACAGUAAGGAUCUUUCUAAGCCACAGCAUUGAAAUGUUGGGAGACAUGUAAAAAACAUAGCCUACUCAAUUGUAAGUGGUUUAGUGAAGGAAAGGGCAAAGCAGUGUAGAAUGAUACUAAAUCUCAAAACAACUUUUGAGACUGAAACAGGUAAACAACAUUUUGGGGGCUAGUGUACAAAACACACAAGUCAGAAAUUUAAACCAGUUUACCCAGACAAAAUGCUGAUAACUGCAAAAGUAACUAAGGAAGUUCUGUAAAGUACUACAAGACAACAGGAUAAGUGUUUUAAAACAUUUGAAAACACAGAUACGACAGUGUGUCAUAUGUGAAAAGCCUCUUGAGAGAGAGUCUAAGAUAAAAGCUUAGGCAGAUAGACAAGUGCUUCCAAAGGUGCAUGGGAAAUUCACAUGGAAAAAUGUUGACUUUCUUUGCUGUUUGUAGACACUGAAAACAACAUACUUGCUCCUAUGUCCAUGUAAAUAGUUCAGUAAACUAGAUUCUAAGAUCUCUGGGUUUCCAUUCUGCUCUUUCCUGUCACUUAAUUUUGGGAUCAUAGAUACAUCACUCACAGUCCCUGCAUCCUGGUUUUCUGGUCUGAAAGGCAGCUCUUGUCUAUGGUUCUGUGAUUCAUUGGUAGAAGUAAACUUGUAAACAGUUAAAUCUCUGUUAUGAGUUUUUAAGAUUGGUAGUUCUGGAUUUUCCAUACAUUCAGAGGUCUAGAUACUUUGUUACUUAGGCAAUGUGUGGUCUCUUUCAGGCAGGAGGAGUUAUAGUCAAUUCUCUCUUAGAUGCAGCCAAAUGUAGAUGGUAGAAAUUUAUGAAGUGGAAGAAAAAAAAGUAAGAUUUACUUAAUGCACUAUUCUCUACUAUUCAAAGAAAAAUGACAUGUUUGGUUAGAAAAGUUACAUGCAUAAUAUUUUUUCGGGAUUCACAUGCCUGUUACUUUUGCCAUAUUUAAGGGGGAGAAUGUACUGGAAGGACUUGAUGAGUAUGAAAACAUUACAUGGUAUUGGACACUCAGGGAUUCAUACUGUAUUUUCAUCACUCAACACAGUCAUUUGGUGACAGUCUGUAUGACAGGAAACUUAGAGUUGAACAUUGGGUUGUUUGUACAUGAGGCUACAAAAAAUUAACUACUGCAGUAUAACAGAAUAAUAUUAUCAAUGAAAAUGAAGAAAGGUGCAAGUCAGUGAGAAAAUAGCCUAUGUACUUAAAUAUACUUUCAAAAAUGCUGAAAGGACAAUGAAAACUAAAAUUUGAACUCCAUAAGAGAAAUAUUCAGUAAUUUUGAGAAAAUUAUUUCUGAGAAACACACAGGACAGAUGAUUUGGAUAAAAUUUCAACAUGAGAAAUGUUUUCAGAGUGGUGAUGGUUUUGCAGAAUUCUGUAGACAAGACACAAAUAUUUGAUAAAUAUGUAUUUUGGGCAGAAAAUCUAUACAAGUAAGUUCUAUUGCUGGGUAUCAGAGGUACCUUCUGUAACAAAUAGAAAGAAGAAACUAGGAAUUUGAACUAACACUAAAGAGAAGAUUGUCACUAAAGGAAUUCCAGUGGAGUUUUUGAUGUGGAGGAUAACUUAUACAAAAAUAAAUUGUGGACUCCACAGACAAAGCCUCAUAAGGAAGAUCAAUGCUUCCCAGAAUGCCAGAACAAAUAUUUUUCAAAAAAAGACAGAAUCUUCUAAAUUAUAUUUUGGUUAACAAUCUUGGUAGAUUGACCCAUUUAAAAUACAUUAGCCAUUUAUUUAAUUAAACAAAUGUCAAUUUUGCAGUGGCAAUUUUAUAAUAUUGCAUAUAAUGCCUCAUAGACUCACAAUAUAUAUAUCUUACAUUGUUUUGCAGAAUGGCAUGAUUAUUUAAAUGACUCAAAAUUAAUUGACCUUUUACAACUAGGUGACUUCUUCCUGUUCAUAUAGAUACAUAAAAUGUAUUUGUAAUUUACAUUAUUUUGUUCUCUACAGGAACAUAUUUGCUCAUAAAGAAUUAUUAUCUGUGUCUUAAAAAUGUGGGGUGUAAAAUAAACACAUUCCCAGUAACAAGCAAUUAAAAUUAAAUUAGUUUUAUUUUUAAUCCUUGAUUUUUCCCAUCUUUGCUAAAAAAUUGAAAGCCUGAGAAGCAUGUUCCCUUCUAUCACUUUGGGAAUUCAUAAAAAUGUUACAUCCAUUUAUAUCACUACAACAUGCACAAUUCAUCAGUUUCUAAAAAGUCAAUUUUAUCUGGAAAUAGUAAGACUAUCUCUGAUGCCCAUUUCCUUUUUUUACCAAGAUAAAAUUUAAAACUGUAUAUGACCAAUGAAAUAUCUAUUUCCCCAAUCUUCCUUGUGAAAAUUCUGUUAAAAUUAUUAUUGAGAACAUACAGCUGAUAUAUUCUUUUUGGAUGUAUUUUUAAGGUCAGAGACAAUGUAGAUCAGACAUUUAUGUAUGCUCUGGCUCCACAAAUCUUUUGACAUCACAUGCAAAAUCUAAUGUGACAGCAUUUCUAAAUUGUACUUGCCUGUAUAAGACACUAUGUCAAAACUGAUAGGACAUUCAAAACCAGACAGGAUGUAAUAAACAAUUUCUUCAGUGUUCAUACAGAAAACUACUUAUUAUUUUCUGAUUCUAGUUUAUAGGGCUGGAGUAUUCCCAGCAAAUACUAUUCUUAACGUCUGCACCCUGCUGCCACAUGCUGCCUUUGGGCAGAGAAUCUCACUUAAAAUAAGCUUGAAUGAUAUCUCCUUAAAAGAAUAAUAUGUUCCAUUUCCAUUUCUUUUUUUUAUGUGGACUUUAAUCCUAAUAUGAGAUUAUUUGGAAAGUAUGAAUAGAUAUUUUUAAAUAAAAUGAAAGCCCCCCACAAGAUCUAGAUCACAUGAUAAUAUAGCUGGAAACACUCUGAAUACAGACUUGCUGUUUCAUAACUCUGUCUUUUGCUCAGUAUCUCUCUGUUUGUUUCUCUCUCUCAGAACCAGUUAAUCACUAAGCUAUUUGUAUGAUCUAUUAGUGCUAGCAGUAAUUGAGAGUGACAGAGUGAAAGCUGAAGACUUGACUGGGAAUCACUUAUCUUGCCUGGAAUAGCUUACACUGUGGUACAGUCCUUCUUGUUAAAAAAAAAAAAAAUCGAAUGUCUGGCUUUGGUUUCUUAGUUCACUCAAAUGAUAGAUGUAGACACAUAUCCAGUUUUCUGAAUGACUUAACAAAGAAUGUAAGUCCUCCAAAUUAGUAACUGAGCGUUCAUGUAAAUGUCAGGUUUUUGUGAGUAAGGAUUUCACUGUAGGUAAAAAUCUGUUGGCUAGCUCUUACUGUGAAAAUAUAUGGUGGAUAAGACAUUCUAAAUUUUAAUUGAGUGACAGAACAGCUGUGGAUACAUGCAAGUGUAUCAUAAAUAGGAAAUGUUCUUGGGGGAAAGUUUUGAGUAGUGUUUAUUUCUUGUGCACAAAGGUUGUACGGGUAGUGCUUACAUUCAAAAGGUAAGAUGACACUCAAUUCCAUAUAGACAUUUGUUCAGCGUUCCUUCUCUAAGACUGUGCACUGUGCAGAAAAUACACCACACACACACACACACACACACAUACACACACACACACAAUGACUUUUAUAUUACUUUGAGAAUUUAUAAAUGUGCUAUCUCCAAUGUGAAUGUAUGAUGAUUCAUACAAGAAAUUCUAAUUCAUAAUUUUAAGCUAAUCAUUGUAGUUUUAUUUACUGGGAUUUGCUGUGUAAACUUUGCCUUCAUAAACAAGGAAAGAGGUAUGAUAAUCUUAGACAUACCAGAUCAUAUUAAAUUUCUACCCAAUAAUUAAGAUGUGUUUACAUUUCAAAAGAAAUGAAAUUGGCAUGCACAAAUUUUUCUAAUAAUUGUAACUUCUUUUCAAAGGAAUAGAUUAAAAAAAAAAGAAACAAGAGGCACUUCAAGAAAGAUAAAAUAUUUUAUGCUUGUUUUUUGACUGACAUGCUAUAAAAAGGAUUAUAUUUGUGAGAGAAGAUACUGGUUCAAAAUACCCUCUUGCAAUGUAUAGUUUUUAGUGAUAUUGUAGUAUAAACUUGUAAUUUGAACUUUUACUUUGGAAUGUAAAGUAGAAAAUAAUAGCUAUGUCAAUGAUAUCUUGCAAAGUGUUUCCAUUUAUAAUUAUUUAUAUUGUAAAUAGCUUUCUGAAGUAAAAUUGAAGUUAAUGUCCAUAAAAUGUAUUUAUUAUGUGAGGAAUUUUUGGUUUAAAAUAUAGUUACCAACAUGCA